AUGACUUUUGCAGACGAAUCCUCUGAAGUUAGUGCAGAAAUAGACCAAGAAACAGUCAAUACUUGUUAUGACUUGUGUGAAUCGAUUCCAGGCCUUUACCGUUUAUUAGACUUAUGUAAAGACAAAGGCUUUAAAUCGAUUUCUAAAAUUCAAUUUGAACAGUUGAAUUCCUGUCAUGUUCGUCUUAUUGGAUGUUAUGGUAGAAAUGAUCUGAUUGCAAAACUACUAUUGACUAAAG